UCUAUCAUUAUUUCAUUCAGCUUUGGUCGCAAGAAAGCUGCUUUCUAAAUAUUUGUCGCAGUUUUCAAUUUCGAAACGAAAUAAAGUGGUUUAUUUUUUAUAGAACUCCAGUGAUAAUUUUUAUUUAUGAGAAUCAGUUUUGUGGUGUUAAGAAGUUAUAGCAAACGUUUACAGAAAAAAGUUUAAUUAAUUUAGAAAGCAACAUGGAAGCGUUGACAGUUCCGCCAUGAAUGCAAAAUAAAUAGAAAUUGAGUAGGAGCUGGACUUAAUUCAGGCAGGCUAGAAACUUCACAAUGUUGAGAGGUGGGCGUGGAGGCCGUCACAGUCCUGAACUGUAUCCUCAUACACUGAAGUGCUCGAACGCGAGUGACACUAGUUCCGCCUACAGCGGUAGUGACACAAUGACUUCUGUACACAGCUCACUUGACAUGGACAUGGAGGUGGACCUUUCCGGCCUCCUUGAGUCCAUUGUGGAUUCAGAUGAAGAAGAAGAUAUGGAAGAGAGCAUGGAUAGUCUCACAGUCAGGGAUGCUGUACGAGAGUGUCUUGAAAAGGACCCUAGCGAAAGAACUGAUGAAGAUAUUGAUAUUCUCUUAGAAUUCACCCAACAUUUGAAGGCAUUCACUAAUAUGACACUAACAGUGCGUAGAGCUUUGUGUGGUGUAAUGGUUUUUGCAGUUGUUGAGAAGGCUGGCACAAUAGUUAUGAAUGAUGGAGAGGAACAUGAUUCGUGGUCUGUCCUUAUCAAUGGUCAUGUUGGUAUUGAACAUGCUAGUGGGGAAAUUGAGCACCUGAAUGUUGGUGACAGUUUUGGUAUGGCAGAGGCUACUCUUGAAAAACUGUAUCACAGAGGUGUGAUGACUACGCGAUGUGAUGAUUGCCAGUUUGUGUGUGUCACACAAACUGAUUACUACCGCAUACUCCAUCAGGGCGAAGAGAAUAUAAGGCGUCAUGAGAAUGAACAUGGAGUCGUAGUAUUGGUCACUGAAUAUAGAGGUACAGCCGGGGAGUCUGGCCGUCAACAAGGGCAUGUGGUCAUUAGAGGAACUCCUGAACAGUUGAUGCUACAACUGGUUGAAGACAAUUCACGUGAUUCUACUUAUGUUGAAGAUUUCCUUCUCACUCACAGGACAUUUAUUGAGAGUCCUUUAGUAGUUGCUAAACAACUUCUUGCCUGGUUUUCUGAACCAUCUGUUCGUGAUAAGGUCACACGAGUUGUAUUACUUUGGGUAAAUAAUCAUUUUACUGAUUUUGAAACAGAUCCAAAUAUGAUGGAUUUUCUUGAAAGUUUUGAAGGUGCAUUAGAGCGUGAAAAAAUGGAAAGUCAGCUGAGGCUAUUGAAUAUUGCAUGCUCUGCAAAAGCAAGAACUAGGAGUGUUACUUUGUCUCGCCCUACCAGAGAUGAAGCCCUCAACUUUACUAUUGUUGGUGGAUAUGAAAGAGGGUAUGGGAUAUUUAUAUUUAAAGUUGAAAAACAUUCUAAAGCUGAAGAUGUUGGACUCAAAAGAGGUGACCAAGUUUUAGAAGUGAAUGGUCAAUCAUUUCAGCAUGUCAGUCAUGCAAAAGCGAUGGAAAUAAUAACUGGUUCAACACAUUUAAGCAUCACAGUUAAAAGUAAUUUAUUAUCUUUUAAGCAAAUGUUACUAAUGCCUGAAAAUUCCCCUAGACAAAGAGGAUGUACCAAUAUGGUUCGUUGGCAAACAGACCCUAGAGCUAGAUUAUCAACUGCAGAGUUGCUUGGUGAUGAUCCUAUCACAUUGACACCUGUAUUUCAGUCCCCUACCAAAAAACCACAACAACUUAGUAUAAAGAAAGAACCACAGAAAGGCUUUAUGACACUCGGACCCAAAAGGCGAUUGCAGAAAGCUUUAAUGAAAAUGAACAUUCUUCCAAAAAAUACUAUUACAGACGGCUUACACAGUGAUGACAGUAUUCUCUCCAACACUGAAUCAUUAAAUAAAGCUAACACCAGUACCUCAUUCUAUAAUUCACACAGUAAUCCAGAUUUAAUAUCAAUAUGCUAUGAUGAAUAUCAAUCUUCUGAUUUUCCAGAGCAUGUACUUAAAGUGUACAAAGCUGAUCAAACCUGCAAGUAUUUAUUGGUACACAAAGAAACUACUGCUAGGGAAGUAGUAAUGCUAACAUUGCAAGAGUUUGGUAUCACAGAUCCCAGUUCCAAUUUUUCACUCUGUGAAGUUUCUGUUGCCCAGGGUGGAAUAAUCAAACAACAUAGACUUCCAGACCAACUCCAAAACCUUGCAGAACGCAUUGGUCUUAGUUCUAGAUAUUAUCUCAAAACCAAUGGUAUUAGUGAAACUUUAGUACCUGAUGACAUGGCUCCUGAACUUCUUCGGGAGAGUGUUGUACAUUUCUUGCAAUUAAAUGCUGUGGAAGUGGCAGUGCAGUUAACAUUACAAGACUUUUGCAUUUUUCGACAGAUUGAGAGCACAGAAUAUGUGGAUGAUCUGUUUGCUUUAAAAAGUAGAUAUGGCACACCAAUGUUGUCUCAAUUUGCUGAACUUGUAAACAAAGAAAUGUUUUGGGUAGUUACAGAAGUUGUAAAUGAACAAAAUCUGGUCAGGCGAUCCAAAAUUAUAAAACAAUUUAUUAAAGUAGCCCGUCAUUGCAAAGAAUGCAAAAACUUUAAUUCUAUGUUUGCAAUUAUAUCAGGUUUAGGACAUGGGGCUGUAUCCAGACUGAGAAUGACAUGGGAAAAACUACCCACUAAAUAUUACAAAUUGUUCACUGAUUUACAAAUGCUGAUGGAUCCAUCUAGAAAUAUGUCUAAAUAUAGACAGCUAGUCACUACAGAGCAAGGUAGAUCACCCGUUAUACCUUUUUAUCCUGUGGUAAAAAAAGAUCUUACAUUUAUUCACUUGGGUAAUGAUACAAAAGUUGAGGGUAUGGUCAAUUUUGAGAAAUUAAGAAUGAUUGCAAAGGAAGUUAGAACACUUACUAACAUGUGUAGUGCACCUUAUGAUCUAUUGACUUUGCUGGAGUUAGGAAAACAGCCACCUUCAAAUGCCAUGGUGGCUUUGAAUCAACUAACAACAGGAGUGCAGCAAGGUCAAGUCACAGUAAAGAGAAGGAAAAAAUCUUCAAAUGUUCCGAACCCAAAAAAAAUGUUUGAAGAAGCACAAAUGGUUAGGCGAGUCAAAGCAUAUUUAAACCGUAUGCAUGUUGAGACUGAUGAGGAACGACUCCACGCACUAUCUUUAGAAUGCGAGGGAGCCGGGCCGGCCCCAGUAAUGCCUCGUCGUCGGCAUCCAUCGCCCUCGCUAUCCACUACCAGCAGUGCAUCCUCAGCCAGUGAAAGUAAGAAAAGUUUUGCGGGAAAUAAAUUUGGUACAGCAUCGCCGCAAGCUGUAAGAAAGCUCUUGGCGCUGUCGGAGCCCGCAAAAACUAGACCACAUCAACCUAGACCAUUGCCACCAGGUCCUUCCCCCUGUUCUCAUAGACGUGACGGUCCCGUACCAGGUAUUUGUUGCCCCCGCACAGCUCACGAGAGAUCGCAUUCGGAUACGCCAACUCCCCUUCCGGUCGAUUUGUCAGCGGAAAGUAGUAGUGUGACGUCACUAGUCAACUUACCGUUGAGAAAAACAGGAUCUGCCACAUCUAGUGACAGCGGCCACGGCUCCUGCACAGCGACUGGGUGUGCUCGGCCAGUGCCGCCGCCGCGCAUGCCGCAGGCUCCGUACACUUUAGCCGCGCAGGUAGCCCGCCUGGAGCGCUUAAGCCGCGCUCACUCGCAUGAGGGCGUCACGCGUCCUUAUGAUUAUUACGACGUGCCCGACGACGACGACGACGAUCAACAAGUCUCUGCCGUUUGAAAUUUUAAAUACUCUUAAAAUUUUAAAUCAAUGUCUAAUUUAUAUAGUUCACAGUUUUGUAAUCUCACUUGAUAAAUAGAGCGCACGUGUUUUAUAAAUUUGUCUUGUACUAUUAAAAAUCAUGUAUGUUUAUGACUAAGUCUAAAGACUGUAUAAUUAUCAUAAGGAAAUGUUCUAGUGUUCCAUAAUGUAAAAUUCCAUAUUUAAUAAGUCUUUUUAAUUUUAUUAUAAUUUGACCCACCAUUAUCCAGUUUUAUCUAGAGAUGUUUGAUGUUUAAUAAAUAGGUGAUUAUUAUGUAUCCAAUGUUGGUGUAUCUACAUUCCGGUAUUUGUAUAUUACUAAUACAUAGUUCUCAUUAUUUAUGAAUUGUGAAACUUAGACCAAAUAAUAAUUAAUUACGUUUUAAUAUACUCGAUUUAAAUAAUUUUAUUUUGUGGUAGCUUUGUGGACCAAUGGGUUUGAGUUUCUAUUCAUAUGGUCAUAUCGAAUUCUGUUGAUAUUUUCUUCUUUUUAAUAAUUACGAAUGUAAAUAAUAAAACUAUAUUAAUUAUACUCUAA